AUGGAAUCGCUGCCUCCACCGGCGCUGAGAGUUUGGAAGAUUUCCGGUGAUGAAGUGGCCACACUCUCGGCAGAGGAUGCCCUGGACCAGAGCAAUGUUCGGAGUUUGAAGAGGUAUCUUGCAAGGGAGCACGGGAUGCCAGGAUUCUGUCAGAGGCUGCUGCAGAACGGAUUGGAAUUGGACGAUCAGACUGUGCUCGAAUUCCCCAGUGAGCUGCAGCUGGUCAUGGUGCCUUCGCGUGUUGCCUCCUAUGCGGAAGAAUUGCAGCUGGCAAAUUCUAUUCGUUCACGAGACUUGCAGCAAGCUGAACUCAUUCUGGGGAAACCGUGCGAUCUGAAAAGAAGUGUUCUGAGGCCUAUUCUGAGCGCUGCAGCUGCUGCCGGACAUACAGACUGUGUCGAUCUACUCUUGUUUGCAAGUCCUCGCCCGGCUCUCGACAAUCUCGGCGAACCUUUACACAUGGGCUCGUAUGGAGGCUGCGUCGAUAUUGUGCGCCUGUUGCUGCAUGCUCGGGCAGACAAAGACACGCUAAUCUCCGGAGAGACACCUCUUUCCAAGUCGGCCGGCAGAGGUCACGUGGAAGUUCUUAGCUUGUUGCUGGAGGCAGGUGCCGACACGCAGAUGGGCUCCCCUCUGUGUUCCGCCUGUGCCAGCGGAGUCGCACAAGCUGUUCGAAUGUUGCUCAGCACAGGUGCUGACAAGAACAAAAGGGCGUCAGAUGGGCCACCUGUGUACAUAGCCUCUGAUAAAGGCUACACUGACAUAUUGAAAAUGCUCCUGGAAGCAAGGGCCAAUGCAAACGACACUUCAGGAGAUGACACGCCGCUUUACAGAGCCUCGUUCAGAGGCUAUGCAGUCACAGUCCGCCUGUUAUUGGAGGCCAUGGCGACUGUCAAUACACCCGUGCACGGCGAGACGCCCUGGGCGGCCGCAUGUUGGAGGGGUCACAGCAAGACAGUAAAGCUGCUUCUCAACGCGAAGGCAGACAAGGACACGAGCUCAGUACUUUGCCCGGCCAUUCGCAAUGGACACGCA